AUAAACAGUGCUAAUGAUAAAAGGUUUGUGAACGUCCUUGCGCUUAGCAUAAAUUCUGCCCGUCCGUCCCGCUCGCCACCAGCCAUGAGGUCCCUCGUGCUCUGCCUGCUCCUCGCCGGGGCCCUCGCCACCCCGGCCUCCAGGAAGCCCACCUUCCGCCGCGGUCUCAACAAGAUCGUCGGAGGAACUGACGUCACUCCUGGUGAGCUUCCUUACCAGCUCAGCUUCCAGGACAACUCCUGGGGCACCGAAUUUCACUUCUGCGGCGCCUCCAUCUACAACGAAAAUUGGGCCAUCUGUGCCGGUCACUGCGUCCAGGGCGAGGACUUUGAUAACCCCAGCUACCUUCAGGUCGUGGCCGGAGAGAAUAACAUCCAUAUUGACGAGGGCAACGAGCAGAAGGUCACCCUCUCGAAGAUCAUCCAACACGAGGGUUACAACGGCUUCACCAUCAGCAAUGACAUCUCCCUGCUCAAACUGUCUCAGCCUCUGACCUUCAACGACUUCGUGAGCGCCAUCGAUAUUCCCGCUCAGGGUCACGCUGCCUCUGGUGAGUGCAUCGUCUCCGGCUGGGGCGCUGUGUCUGAAGGAGGAAGCUCCCCCAGUGUCCUCCAGAAGGUGUCCGUUCCCAUCGUGUCUGAUGACGAGUGUCGCGAUGCUUAUGGCCAGAACGACAUUGAGGACUCCAUGAUCUGCGCCGGAGUGCCCGAGGGCGGCAAGGACUCGUGCCAGGGUGACUCUGGCGGUCCCCUUGCUUGCUCUGACACCGGCUCCACCUACCUGGCCGGCAUCGUGUCCUGGGGCUACGGCUGUGCCCGUCCCGGCUACCCUGGAGUGUAUGCUGAGGUCGCCUACCAUGUCGAUUGGAUCAAGGCCAAUGCUGUUUAAUUCCAACUGAUUUAAACAAUAAAUACACUUCCGAAUUAAAAUAUUCCAACUCAUACAUGGAUCUGUAAGGCAGAUAUUACUGUUAGAUAAUAUUUACAGAUAUAAAUAUUAAUUUAGAA